AAACGGAAUUGAUUGGAAUAGCCUAAUAUCUUUUGUACUAUUCUUUGCCUAUAUUCGAGCCAUAUAUGAAUAUAUAUAUAAGCUCGUUAGAUCCAAAAGAAAUUCAUGAAAGAUAUUCCUUUUCAUUUAAAUCCAGCUUCUGUAAUUUGAUCUUGAGAUUUGAGCAUCAAAGUAUAUCCUCUUGAACUAUGAUAUAAACUCAGUCGCAUCACCUACCAUUCCACCGCCAUCUUCACCCUCUCUGCAACUCUAUCCCAACUCCCUCAUUUUCUCUUCAAUGGCAGACCCAGCACUCCACCCCGAGACUCCCUCUCACCACAAAACCCAACCCCUCAAGCAGAUCGCCAUAGACUACACCCCAGACGCCUGCACACACUUCACCGACUCCAACACCAUCACAGUCACCUUCGACCACCGCGGCGGCGCCAGGUGGCGCACCCCCACCCGUUUCCUCUAUGGCACCUUCAGCGCCCUCAUCCAGUGCCCAAGUGGCAACACCAGCGGCCUCAACUUCAACCUCUACCUCUCCUCCCUAGAAGGUGACAAGUCCCAGGACGAGAUCGACUUCGAGUUUCUAGGUAAAGACAUGACCAUUGUCCAGACCAACUACUACACUGAAGGGGCUGGAAACAAAGAAGCGAUCCAUGACCUAGGGUUCAACUGUUCCGAAGGGUUCCAUGAGUAUGUGAUUAAGUGGAGUAAGGAUGUGAUCGAGUGGUUUAUAAAUGGGAAAAUGGUGAGGAGGGUUGAGAGAAAAGAGGGUGAGGGUUUUCCAAACAAGCCUAUGUAUUUGUAUUCUUCGGUUUGGGAUGCUAGCUAUAUUGAUAAGGGGAGGUGGACUGGGAAGUACGUUGGAUGCGAUGUGCCUUAUGUUUGUGUUUAUAAGGAUAUUCAUGUCCCUCUUGAGACUGCUGUGGAGGAUUAA